GUUUGUUAUGACAAGUCGAGGCCUCGGACUAAAUUAGAAGCGAAGCCCCCGUCUCUGUCCAGGCGAAUCCGCGAUGGAGGGCAUGGACCUGGACCUGGACCUGGAUCAGGAGCUGAUGCAGAAAUUCAGCUGCAUGGGUACAACAGACAAAGAUAUCCUAAUAUCUGAAUUUCAGAGGCUCCUCGGGUUCCAGCUAAACCCCGCCGGAUGCGCCUUCUUUCUGGACAUGACCAACUGGAAUUUACAAGCAGCCAUUGGAGCCUACUACGACUUUGAGAGUCCCAACAUCAGUGCACCGUGCAUGUCCUUUGUGAGGGAUGUGACGAUUGGUGAGGGCGAAUCAGUCCCACCAGACACACCUUUCACAAAGACCUGGAGGAUACAGAACACAGGUGCAGAGUCGUGGCCUCCUGGGGUUAGCCUGAAGUACGUUGGAGGAGAUCAGUUUGGUCAUGUAAACAUGGUGAUGGUGCGGUCUCUAGACCCUCAGGAAAUGGCGGAUGUUAGUGUGCAGAUGCAGAGCCCCGUGUCUCCUGGCAUGUACCAGGGCCAGUGGAGAAUGUGCACAGCUACCGGACUUUACUAUGGAGAUGUCAUUUGGGUGAUCCUGAGUGUGGAGGUUGGAGGCCUCCUUGGCGUCACGCAGCAGCUUUCCUCUUUCCAAGCCGAGUUCAACACCCAGCCUCACCGCAGCCUGGAAGGAGACUACAACCCCUUCGCCUCGCCAGAGAAGAGCAAGUGCCCCAGCAGCAACAACAACAGCUUCCACGAUGCCAGUGGUCACAGGGUCGCAGAGGAACAUUGGCAGGGAAGCACCAAUGAGCUGCAGCAAGAUCAGAAUGGACUUUCACACAACUCUGUGGAUAUAGUAGCAAACAGUCUACAAAGCAAUCUAUCAGUAGUCUCUUAUAACCAGGGUAUACAGGAGCCCUAUCCUUUUGGGCACUCUUAAAUAAUGGGACUUGUCACAGUGAAGCAGCACUAAACCAUACCUCUGGAAUCUGUCACACCAAUAAAAGAAAAAAGAGGUUUUAUCAGUAGCUAGUGGAGAGUGUGGCGAUUCAAAAACACUUUAUGCAAAGUCUAGCUACAGAGGCGAACGCUCCUGACGUGCAGCUCAACCAACAUCCCACAACCCACUGUAUGCACGUGUGAAUGCUAAGUUAAAAAUGAGUGCUAUGAGUCUUUUGAGUGAUAACGUUUUCUUUUCUUUUUUUUAGUUGUCAGGGUGCAAAUGAAACAUGAUGACAGGAGUGUGUAUUUGUGAAAUUUUGUGUGUAUAUGUGUGUGCAUUGUGCAAACAGAAAGAGAGACUUUGGAGGAAAAGCCAUUUAUUUUGCCAACUGAUUCUCCAGUUUCUGCUCCGAGUCUUUGUAUAGUGAUUGGGUUUCUGGACCGGUUCCCUGUAACUGAACACAAUAAUAAGGGCGACUCUGAAACAAACCAUUGGACAUCAUUAUUUACUUUUUAUGUUGUUUUUAUAUACACUUUUUAAGAGAAGGGGAAGCUCAUCUUCUGUCAGUAUUCCAACAUGACUUGUACAUUAUGGGCAAUCUUGUUCUGUCACGGUACUGGCAAUUUUAGAUGGAAUGCAGUUUUUCUCCACUGGAGGGAGGUAGCGAUUACUCUUAAAAACCGAAGAUAUGAUCAACACUGAGAAAUGGACAUUUUAUUUACAGUAUACCUCUGAUUUGGUCAGAUUUACCCUGAAGUUGAUUGUUCUACGGGAACAUUUGUUUUCCUAAAGCUAGAAUUUAGGGCCAACAAUUUGAUUAUGCGUUCUGCAGUCAAGCAUUACUUUUUUGAGCUACUUCCUGUAAAUGGAAGUAGCAAAAAAUAUUUUUUAUGAAAUUGAAUGUGAUUUGUCAUGAAAACUCAAAGAGUCCUGUGAGACAGUUCUUCCCAUACAUGAGUUAGAGUUAUUGCUGCCAGUUGGCACAUACACAUCUAUGAAAUAUUAGAAGAAUAUUAGCAGAAUAUUCAUUAUUGGUAACAAUGCAGUAUUAGAAAUGUCAGAAUGUAAGAUUUAGCUUAGUUUUAAAUGCUCAAAUUUAAAUUUAACACAAGAUAACAGGAUGACAGAAUUCAGUCCAUAUAAAUAAUGGUGAACACAUGAAACUUUUUUUGUCACCCUGUUCUGAAUUUUCAUUUUAAAGCUGUCUUGGACUUGCUUUUAUCACAUUAAGUUGAAUGUAUUUGAUGAAUGUCGUAUAGGAUAAAGUUUUUGGAAAUUUACCCAAAGAUUCAACAUUGUACAUUUGCAUUGAACUGGCCGUUUUAUCAGUGUAAUUACUUGUUUCGCAUUGUCCUGUCUCUUCAAGUCUAAUCAUUGAGCUUCUUAAGCACAUUUGAAAGUUUGAUCCUGUUUCGAUCAUUUCAAAUACAACCUUAAUCACACCAGUAAAAAUAGAAUAAAACGACAGACUUGUGUUGUCCUGAAUAAUUGUUACUGCAUAUUUAGUUGCACUAACUGGCUGAACUAUGCACUGAGUAAUGCGACCUCCAUGACAAGGCCUCUGCGUACUUUCCUCCUCCACAAGCACAGUUAAGUCCUGAAGGGUUUAUGAAUUCUGUGAUUUUAUCUGUCAUCCACAGCCAGUGUGUUCGAUCACCUCAUCAGGUAAACACCCUUUUCAUUAAGGCACUAACUGUAAACCCCAGGGUCACUGAGCUUUGACAACAUGACAAUACCAGCUAAUAAAUACAACAACAUGUCACGUGGAUCUGUGGGCUCCUUGCUUUUUAACAGAACACUGUGCAUUUCCUUUGCAAGUUAUUAAAGAUAAAUGUUCCUCCAUAGCGCCAAAGGUAUUUGCUGUCAAUGUUGAUUCAUCACAUGCAAAGUGUGUUUUGUUUUAAGUGUAAUAUCGAGCCGAAGUUUCCACUUGCCAGAUUGCAGAGUGAAUCAGUUGGCAUUAGACUCAUACAACAGCACAUUUAUGAGAGUGAGGAAGUGCAAACAGAUGAACGCUUUGUUUCCCUGUGUGUUUGAUGAAUGUUUGUAUGAUUAAAUUAUCACUGAAAACUAA